UCUUCAUCUCAAGCAUUGUGGUGAAAACCAAAAAAAAAAAAUCGUUUAGCAUCUUUGGUCCUAAAGCAAAAAAAGAAAGAUGGGGUUGAGUCGUUUUGCGAUCACAACUGCAACAAAGCAGAUACUGAAGCUAAACUCCCUGGCAAGCAGAAACCGAACAUCAUCAGCACUGGAUCAUGUCCCUAAAGGGCAUGUGGCAGUGUACGUAGGAGAACAGAUUGAGAAGGAGAAGAAGAGAUUCGUGGUUCCAAUUUCGUUUCUGAAUGAUCCUUCCUUCAGAGAGUUCCUUAGCCGAGCAGAGGAAGAGUUUGGAUUCAAUCAUCCAAUGGGAGGCUUGACCAUUCCUUUUAGAGAAGAAGUGUUUCUUGAUCUCAUUGCUUCUCGGUUACAAUGAAGUUAAAAAGAGAAGCUAGAUGUCUCUUGAUCUUUUCAUUAUCUUUUUCCAUGUAUUUUUUUAAUCAUGGAGAAUCUUGAAGUGGAAUUUUACAGUCUCAUAUUUGGUUUAUCUCUAAUAAAGUGAUACAGAGACAAGUUUCUGAAGUCUUUAAAAGAAUCAUUUACCAUUUAUAUAUGAAUAAAUACAAACUUAUAGAGAUAUACAUACCAACUGUUUUACCAUGCAAUUAACUUCAUGUCACUAUGCAACAUCCUCAUGUGGACAGCAAGAACCAUGCAGGAAGCAAAACUUGAAUGUUUCACUUUUCUGCUCCGAUUCUGGAGGAAUGUGAUGUGACAUGCACUGAGUAUCUCGUUGCGUGUGGAAAAAAAAAAAAAAA